GUCAGCCCCGUCUUGAAGGGCGCAUCCAACCCGGACCUCUUUUGUGGGUCUCAGCGCGCGCGCGCGCAGUCGGCAGAGGCAUUAGUUGCCCCCGCGAAGUCUGGAAGCAUAGCGGCCAGAAGGUACGUGCCCUUAGCCCUAGUGCGGCUGCACGGGUUUGAGGCGUCGUGCGUGCAGUGGCCUCACAACACCGGUCCUUUGAUGAUUCGCAUGGCGUCGUGCGGGGACGGCACAUGCAACAGGUUGGACCCGACGAACGCGCAGGGGUUCAAGAUCGACCAGGUCGGGAAGAAGAGCGACGGAAAGACUUUGGUGCAGGCGGACAUCAGUGCGUUCUGCUCCUCGUCUCGCACCCAUCCCGACUCGCGCCUCAUCCCCGGCUACCACCUCGUCCGCCACGAGAUCAUCGUCCUCCACCUCGCAGCGACAGAGGGUAGCGCCGAGUUCUUC